AAAAAGAGAAUAAGAGUCGCCUGUGAUCAUUGUCGAAGGAAAAAGAUCAAAUGUGAUGGCAACUUGCCGUGUGGGAACUGCUCACUGGCUAAGGAACGCAAUUGUCAUUAUAAAGAAAGACCAGUAAAGAAGAAAAUGAAACCACUCAAGUCUGGCGACAAGAAGGACGGCUUAAAACGUAACUCAAAGACAAGGACGAUCGAAGUUCUAGAUACUCGUUUGUCUACUCUUGAGAAUGUCAUCAUCAGACUCACAGACAAAUUAGAGGAUAUCACCAGGAAUAACACAGUAGACGAACAAGAAAACGAUUUAGACCGUACAACUUCUGAAACUGAAGAUGAGGACGAUGACGAUGACGAAGAAGAUGACGAAGAAGAAGAAGACGACGAACAUGAACAUGCAAGAGACUCUUCUCAACACAACUUAAAAGAACUGUCGAGCAAGAGCAAAGCAGAACCAAUACUGUCUUCCAAAGAUUCCUCCACAGCAGCUUCCACGCAGAGUUCAAGCUCCAAGACUAAGAUCCUCUUGAACAACCGUACUUUAGAACAAUAUUUUGGAAUCCAUUCUAUGAUGUGUAUCUUCUCUGACAAGUCUUUGGCAUGGAUAGAGCGUACAUUAGGUACAGAAGGCGAAGAUCUAAUCACACCAAUUAAAAACGUGCCCAUUGUAUUUUAUUCCAAGUUUAAGACUUUUAUGCUUAAAUGGAUAGACCCCCCUCUCAUUGACAGUAAGGGCCGUCGAAGAUUGCUAGAGAACCCAUUCCCCGAAAACUCUAAACUAGUGUUCGAUUUUAUCGACACUCACUACAAAGAUGUCAACGAUAUCAAUUCUCUUUGCGAACAAAGCGAAAUGCGAGGCUACUUUGAGGAGUACUACAACAAUUUUAGAGAACCUAACCAUAGUAAGAGAAAGAAGUUUAAGUUGUCUGAAUACUUGAUCAUGACAGCAGGCUUACUUUUGUGUAUCAGUUCGAGAAUAAAUUUGGAAUCAGCCCCAUCCCUCAAGAGCACUCCUGUGGGCAAAGAGCAGACACAGUCCAGUGAAAUUCUGCUUUCCGAUGAUGAAUUGUUGAGCUGGCAGAAUACGUUAUUUGACGAUGCUAUUUACUACUACCACAGAGUGUCUGUGAUCAGUGAUGGUAUUACCACUAUUGAAGGGAUUUUGCUUUUGAUUAUGUACAUAGAGAUGGACUGGUUGACCAGUCAUGUCAACUAUAUGUUGAGUUCCGUUGCUAUAAGGUAUGCCCAAGAGAUAGGAUUGCAUAGAGCUGAAACAUACGAAGACUUGGAGUUUGAAGAGCAACACAAAAGAAGAAAGAUCUGGAUGUUCUGCCACUAUUUCGAUAUGGAGAUUUGUUUCAGAGGUGGAAAGCCGCCUUUGAUUAAUGCUAAUGAUGUCACUGCUAAUAACGACGAAGACUUGAUGCGUUUCUGCAUGUUGAAGAUGAAACACAAAGUUAAUGACAAGCAAUUGAUGAAUAUUGAUGUAAACAUAGCAGAUGAUCCCCUCACAUACCACUUGUACUUCUUGUUGCUUACCAGAAUCAGAUCCAAGUCGUACACUAAGCUUUUCGUUGCUUCAGUAGAAAAUGAAACUAUUCAAAAGGUAGCCGAUACAUUGAACGACUUGAACAACGAGAUGUUUGAACUUGCUUCGUCUAUGCAUGAAGCAGAUCGUCCUCGGUUUUUCAACGACCCUGAGUUCAGUUUCAUUCCAGACACGAUGCCUUAUUACAGAAGGGAGACUGUGAUCGCAGUUCAAAUCACAUUCUUCUUCCACUUGAUGGUGAUGAACAGACUUCCUACCAUGGUUAAUGCUGAAGAAUUGGACAAUUCGUCCAGCAUGAAGUUUAGAAACUUGCAUUUGGAUUCAGCUCGUACGAUUUUGGUCUUGGUAAGACAGCUUAACCGUGAAAACACGGGUGUCUCGUAUUAUUAUUGGAUCUUGUUUUUCCCUGUUUCCGCUUUUUUGUGUUUAGCAGCUGCAAUUUUGAACCAUCCAAACUUACCUGAGUCAUACAGUGAUCUCAAGCUAUUGAUUGAUUGCUCAAUGAACUUCUUUUCCAGUAAGAAAAAUUCUCACGUGGAAGGAAAGAGUAGGUUCAAAAUCUACUCCAAGAAGGAUCUUGUAGUCUCGUUAAUUAUCAAAUUGAUGCUUAAGAUUGUUAUUAAGUUCUAUGAACAAACAACCAAGAUAUCAGUUCUUAACGGUGAUGAAAAAUUACAACGUCAUUUGGACAGUGCUAAAAAGAUGUUCCCAGAUAUCUUCAAAGAUAGAGCCGAGUUUAAUUCCAAAGUUUCCAGUGUAUUCGGAUUUUCGCCCUUUACCAAUAGCCAAAAUUUUUCUGCUAGUAAUUCCAUGAGUGGCUCAAACAGUAGCCAUGCUGGAGCUCCUGGAAGGACGGUAUCAAUGGAAUCUGCUCCACUUUUUGACAAUUCCAUCAAUGGCGACAACUCCAUAAAUGGGGAUCUCAAUGCGAAUUUCAUCAAUAAUGGCUCGGAUAUGUUCCCGGAGUCACAUAAUGACGAUGGCAUAUCGUCGUUGUUCUACACGCAAAUGAACAGCUUGCCUAAUUUCUUCUUUGACAAUAACUUGGGUAUAUGA